GUGAAUUUGGUAAUUGAACUGUGUAGUCAAUGGAGCUUCUUGUUUAGGGUUUUAAGUUCAUGUGUAGGUUUUGAUUAUUCUGCCUCUGAGAAAUGCUUAUGCGAUUUGUGCGUAGUUGUUUGGUCAAUGGGGUUUAAGAACCUUGGUGAUAUUUUGUGGGGUGCUAAGGAUGCAGUGGCGGUGUUGUGGUGGCUGGAGCAUGGCAUGAGAUCUUUCUGAUACAUUAGAAACAGCUUGAUACAGUUUUGAGAAGACUUUAAAAAACGUGGAGUUUAGAUUGCUAAUCGUCAUUAUUAUGAAUCUUUGAUUAGAUACCCAGACAGACAUACGGAGAUCUCACUACCAAACUACUCAAGAUUGUGGUUCGCAUCACAAGUACAGAUCAAAUGCCAUCUUUCAAAAUGAAGGCUCAAUCAAGCACGGGAUGUUUACGAGAAAAAAACGGUCUUCGUGUAUGUCAAAAGUCAAGUGUGAUUACAAAGAAAGCAUGUUCUCAUGUUAGGAAAUCUGAACAUACAGCGGAUCUUGACACUUGUACAAAUUGUCAGGAAGUUUCUUCGAGCAUGGACGUUUCUAUUAAGGAAAUUGGACGUGAUGAAGCAAUUGACUAUCAGGAAUUGCUGGAUGAACAAGAUUGUAAGCAAUCAUGCGAUUCUGAAACCAAAAGGAUGGAGUCAUCUCACACCUGCCCAUCAAAUUUAGAGACAAUUUUCUCUCCUGCUUUGGAGUCUAGUGAAUCCCAUGGCGAACCAAAUAGUGAACCAACUGCUGACAUUGAUGAAGGGUUAGGAGCUGGUGACAGUGAUGAUAACAGAAGUUCAUGUGAUAAUCAAACUUGCGAUGUCUCAGAUUUCUACAUUUCUGACAUGAUCAUUUCGAGCGUACCCUUCAACGAGAAUGCAUUUGAUGUUGAUAUUGGUGAAACGAAUUGCUUUCCUGACUACAAAUGUGCUGAACCAAAUAUGUUCUUUGAUGCGUCUGAGCAAUACAUGGUAUUGCCUUUCCUAGAGGACACUUUCAGAAGCAGUAAUAUUAAUAUUGAUGUUGACAAAUCAUGUGAAGAAGCCAUCGUAGAUACAGAUUGUGCUGGAAUGUAUUCGGAAAUGGGUCAAAUGAGCCCCUGCAACCAGGAAACUGUUGUUAAUUCUUCUGACUCAGAUCAGGCGGAGUCCUUUGAUCCACAGUUGUUUAUAAAAAAUUUACCCGAAUUAUCAGAUGUGGUAUCAAAUUAUCAACCCAACAUAUUGCCUGAGGAUGCUCCAAAAAGAAAGUCUGUAACUCUUGUACUUGAUUUGGAUGAAACACUGGUUCAUUCUACAUUGGAACAUCUUGAUGAUGCAGACUUCACAUUUACCGUCUUUUUCAACAUGAAAGAGCACACGGUAUAUGUGAAACAGAGGCCUUACCUCCAAACAUUCUUGGAGAAAGUUGCAGAAAUGUUUGAAGUUGUUAUUUUUACGGCCAGCCAAAGCAUAUAUGCAGAGCAACUUCUUGAUAUAUUGGAUCCAUAUGCAAAGCUUAUAUCUCGCAGAGUUUAUCGUGAAUCUUGCAUUUUCUCAGAUGGCAGUUACACUAAAGAUUUGACAGUUUUAGGUGUUGAUCUUGCAAAAGUUGCCAUAAUUGAUAAUACUCCACAGGUUUUCCGAUUGCAAGUUAAUAAUGGAAUUCCUAUAAAGAGUUGGUUUGAUGAUCCGUCCGAUAGUGCUCUGAUUUCGUUACUUCCCUUCUUAGAGACCCUGGUUAAUGCUGAUGAUGUUCGUCCAAUAAUUGCCAAGAGAUUCGGUAACAAGGAAUAAGAGUCACUUGUCUUUCUCAUUUGCUUGAAUAUAGAAGCUCCUUGUCCCUCUCAUACCUUUUUUUUAAAAUAGAAAAUAUUGGCCUCUAAUCUUGAUGCUCCCGUUCUUUUCUUUUGAGCUCAUGAGAUAAUUAGCUAUCCAAUAAACUCUUUCUUAUUGUCAGUCAGCUCUUGGUUCUUGUUCCCUUGUUUUCUUCCUUUCAGCUUACAACACUGUGGAAUGGGUUGUCUAAUUUUUGUUCAAAGGUAAUUGUAGAGAAAGUAUGAUUUAUCCUUAUUGUACAGUUUAAGUUGCUUUUAUAUCAGGGUGUACACAUGAGAAAUUAGCUAUAAAAUAUUGGCCUUUAAUCAAGAUGCUCCUCCAUCUCUUCAUUUGAGCUCAUUAGGUAAUUAAUUAUGCAAUUCAAUCUUCUUCUUUUUUCUAUUGUCUGCCAGCUCUUCGUUCUUGUUUCCUUAUUUCCUUCCUUUCAGCUGACAACACUUGAGGACAGUUUGUCUAGUUUUUUGUUCGGAGGUAACUGUAUGGAAUGUCAAUUUAUCCUUUUUUGCAAUUUCAAGUUGCUUUCUAUAUUAGGGUGUGCGCAUGAAAAACUAAUAAAUUCUGAAAUACAAUUCUUGAAAGCGUUGCCUUUUACUGAGUUUGCUCAUUACAGCCACAUGUUUUGAUACAUUGUCUUUUAUUAAAAAAUAUUCACAAUACAAUAGGGACCCAAUCCAGUCAAUAUUGUCAUAGGCUUUUAUGAUUUAUUAAAAGAUUAUGUUUCAUAGGAAGAAUAAUUAAUAGCUUAUGCCAAAAAUUGGAACUGGAAGCCUGUGUAGUAAGAUUUACUUUUUCCUUGAGGGAUUUAUGCCAAAAAGUACAUAGUGGGUAUACAAAGAGGAGUCUGGCAUAUUGAGUGUGCUAGAUAGUAAAUAAAGUCAGGUGGAAAGAUGAAUUAAGUUGAAUGUACAAUUAUGAAUGCCUUUCUAACCAACUUUUUGACAUCUUCAUAGAUGUCUACCAGUAAGGAAAUCUUCAAACAGCUGAAUCCUAAGUAUUUUCAAAAAUUCAAAUGAUAGUUAUGGAAGUAAUAAUACUGUAACAGCUCAAAGGUUAGCUUGUGAUAGUGCAUGUCUUUAGUAAAUAAAUGAUUACCAUUCAUAUAAAAUUAUUAUUGAAAACAAAUUAAUGUAAAUGCUAUAAUAAGUAAAUGGCAUUGAAUACUUUCUGAACUUAAAAGGAAGUCUUACCUUUAUGCAAUGAUAUGUCAAAUUGUGCUAAAUGAAGUUCAGAACUUUUCUGUAGUAAUAUGAAGGUGUGGCCCUUCUGGAUAAGAAAUAAGAAACAGGGAGGAACAGAAAGAGGACAAACAACUUGCGCAUCCUAUGUCCACAUGGCAUCAUUUUGCCACAGAAUUUGUUCGUCCACUCUGACUGACUUCGGGCUUAUUUAUGUUCUAGGGAUUAGUUUUUAGUUUCAUUUUCUUUUCUAAAGAGUUUAAACAACUGGAGCACCAUUUCUUGAUUAAAUCAAAAUAGCUUUAGAAGGAAAUGUGAGGGGAAGUAAAGUCUGUAUUUGAUUACAUUAUAUUCCGAAUAAUAAACAUAGUUUGUAUGUUUGAGUGAAUUAUAUCUUAUGAACCAAGAUUGCUCUUGUAAAUACUGCUUCAGUAAACAAAACAUACACAUGGUGACAUAGGUGGUGAAUGAGUUAAGGUUGAGAAUGCCAUGUUUCACCCUAGGAGGGUGGUAUGGGUAUGAGAUGUACCAUAUGAAGUGAUUUAGUUCAUAUGGCCUCUAAAAGUGAGUUUUCUCAUGAGGAUGCUUAAUUUAUUGGAUUAGCAGAUGCUUCCAAAGAUAUUGCGUAAAAAGUUUAGAUGGUGGUUUCUAUGCUUACACUGCACUGAUGGAUCAAGAUAUGUAUGAAAUGUGAAUAACAGAUGUUGUUGGAGGAUUGUGCAGAUUGUGGAGACAAAAAGGGUUUGAAUAACAGAUAUUAAUGGGAGAAAGGAAGAUUAGCUGGGUUGUUAAAUUAGCUGACUAACACUGCUUUUCAUGAUCUUCUGCCAGUUUAGUCUUUUUGUACUUUUACAAAUUUGCAUGCCUUGUCUGCAGGUCAUGCGGAGAACACUAACACAUUUUCUGCUAAUGUGAAAAUAGUAAGUAUGUUGAGUUUUGUUGCUACUUCUUUCUUGAGAAGUCCGUAGAGACAUGUAUUUAUAAAAAGCAUACAAGUUUCCUGACUGUAUCUUCUCACUCUUGGAUUUGUGGAGUGACGUUUGAGAUGAGGUGGUUGUGUAAAUCGUUUUCAGAUAAUCGAGUAUUUUUUACUUCAUUUUGUUUAA